AUGGCUUUGCUUUCUUAUUAUGCUACGCCAUUAAUCGACUUGGAUGCAAGACGUUUACCUUUUUUAGCCUGGUAUGGAGUAGACCAUAAAAAAUCGCCUUGGUACGAAUUGUUUUAUAUUUACCAGUGCGUUGGUGUAACAAUCAACUGUUUAAUAAAUGUCAGUAUGGAUACUUUUCCUACACUUGCUAUGUCCGCAAUAGUUGCUCAAAUAGAAGUUUUGUCUUAUAAACUUAAACAAAUUGGCCAAGAAGUGGUGCAAGAAAUAAAGAUACAAAAAUGUGUGAUACAUCAUAAUUUCAUACAGAAAUUAAUUACCGAUGUUGAACAAAUAUUCAGCAUCCCUCUUCUGGUACAAUUUCUUCUUAGUGGUGUUAUAAUUUGCGUAAUUGGAUUCCAAUUAUCAAUGUUGUCUCCAACCAAAGACAAAGUCAGCUUCGUUAUGAAUUUAGUUUACUUCUUCACCUUUACUUUGCAAAUUUUCUUACCAUGUUAUUUUGGUAAUGAAAUAUCAUCAAAGAGUGCUUUAGUAUCGCAAUCAGCAUUUUCGUCGUCAUGGAUUGAAACUGAUUCCAAAAUAAAGAAAAAUAUGAUAAUAUUUAUGGAACGUUCAAAAAGACCUCUCAAAAUAUACGCAGGAAAAGUAUUUGAGCUCAGCUUAGGAACAUUCACCAUGAUAAUUAAUGCUUCUUACAAAUAUUAUGCUGUUCUGCAUCAUAUGCAGAAACGUCGGACAUGA